AUUUUACGUUUGCGUUACCAUGUGUUCAAUAUUCAGAAUUUCAUUUACUAUUUGGAGUGGACUAUACUUUCAGUUAGUAAGUUUAGGAUUUUUUAUUAUUGCGAAUGUGGCAAUAGCAGAACCAGGGCCGGGAUUUAGUCGUCCGAGAGAUGUUUGUACUAACCCUGCUUGCAGAGCUGCAGCUGAUGAAUUUUUGAAGAAUAUGAACCCUGCAGUGUCUCCUUGUACCGAUUUUUUUGACUAUGCUUGCGGAAACUUUAAAAAUCAUCAUCCACUGGAUCCAAAAGAAGGCACUAUCGAUUAUUCCAUGAAAAUAAAGACACAAAUUAACAAUCGAUUACGAGAAAUUGCCGAAAGCCCAGUCAAGAACACCGACAGUUCCUCCCUCAAGAAAGCUAAACUUGCGUAUAAAGUGUGCACGAAUGAAGAAGAUCUCGAGGAAGAGGGCAUACGUCCUAUAGCUUUAGAAAUAAACAAACAAGGAGGUUGGCCGAUGGCAAUGAAUAAUUGGACCCCGGGAUCCCGAUCCUGGAUCGACAUAGAAAUGUCGUAUAUUAGCAUGUUGGGCGAGUCAGCAUUUUUUAGGGUCACCGUUGAUCCCGAUAGUACCAUCGAUACAAUAAAUACUCUAAUGUUGAGUCCUUGCACAUCUAUGCUGCCUUUUUACGUACGGAAACAUCAAGAACAUCAUAAGGACAAAAUCAAAUUAUACCGUGACUUUAUUAUUGAAGUAGUCAAGGAGUUUGUAAUGUUCAUCACUCUUCCGCCAUAUAAGAUUAGUGAAGAAGCACAACAAAUAAUAGAUCUAGAAAUUGCCUUGACAAACAUUAAAACACUGAGCAAAGCAAACGAAAUUGUAGAGACGACUCCUGCACAUUUUCAAGACGAAUAUGAUAAAAUACGUCAUGUAACUCCUAAUUCAAAGAUAAUCUGGGCGGAUAUGUUAAAGAGCAUUUUUUCGCAAACGAAUUUCAACUUUGCUCCGACUACUAUAAAACUACAAAAUAAGGGCUAUUUUGUACAAUUAGCGAAACUGUUGGAUAAAACACCGACCCGAGUAUUAGUGAAUUUUAUUCAUUGGCAAUAUGUUCGACGUUUAAUAAAAAAUUCUGGAGAAUCCAUGAGACGUCGGUACAACGAUGUAAGAGAAGAGUUGCUUUAUGGGAAGGCGCAGAAAUGGUGGCAAGAUUGUUUAGACACAAACCCUGCAAUAAUUGCUUUCAUCCAUCAAUACUUGAAGAAUCACGCUUCAAAGAAAUCUCUCGAAACAGUUGGAACAAUGGUUGACCAUCAUAAAUCACAAUUGGAAUCGCAAAUUGAGCAUACACUUUGGUUGGAUUAUUCUACGCGACUUGCAUUGAUGAAGAAGGCUAAGUCUGUAACUAAGUUCCUCGGAUAUCCACCUUGGUACAAAAGUUCUUCGGUCAUCGACGAAUAUUAUGCCCUACUAGAGGUCACAAACAACCAUUUCCAAAACUUACUUAAUUUCAAGAAAUUCACCAUCUAUCAAACUAAACGGUUACUGCUAGCACCAGUCGGACAGUUCCCAGAACAUUCUAUAUGGUCUCAAAGUGUUCUCGAAGAGACUGCAUACUUCAUUUCUGCUUUCAAUUCGUUAAUUAUACCUUCAGGAGCGUUGCAUUUUCCUUUCUUUCAUGGGGAAGAUGUACCUGAGAAUGUAUUAUAUGGUUCUACUGGCAAUAUUAUAGGCCAUGAAUUAUCCCAUGGAUUUGACGAUGAAGGUCGACAAUAUACAUUUAAUGGUUCAUCUCUGGAAUGGCCUCCAGAUACCUUACAGGAGUACAAUGCACGAGUUAAAUGUUUCGUUAAGCAAUUCAAUCAGUAUCCAUAUAAAGAAUUGAACGAAAUCGGCCGGAAAAUUUACGCCGAUGGAAAGCUGACUGCAAGUGAAAACAUGGCGGAUACAACUGGCAUGUAUAUUGCUUUUGCUGCUUUUCGAGAUCGGGCCAGAAAAAGAAAUAAAGACUACAAAAAGUUGCCCGGUCUGGAAAAUUUGACCGACAAUCAGCUGUUUUUCCUCUCAUUUGCUAAUACAUGGUGCUCCUAUACACAACCGGAGAAGCUUUUGUUCAUGUUGCUCCUUAAGUUGCCCCACAGUAUUUCAAGACAUCGUGUAAUUGGUACUUUGUCGAACAUUGCAGACUUUGCCAAGGCGUUUAAUUGUCCACAUAAUAGCGCCAUGAAUCCCCGUGAUAAGUGCUACUUGUGGAAAUGAAUAUGGUUAUUCAAACAUCAAAAAAUGUAUGUUUGUAAAGUAAAUCUUAACAACUCUGUAUGCCUUGAAUAAAUAAUACAAAAAUCAGAA